AUGCAAGUUGGUCAGGUGCUCGCCCACCAUCCUAUCUCCGGUAAGGUGUCAUUCUACUCGUCUAAGUUUGCUCCUGAGCAAAUGCCAUCACCUCCAAAACUUCCAAAAGAGCAACAAGACGAGUUUGAGAGAUUACAAAGAAUUGCAGGCUCUCAAGCUGCUAUUGAUGAUUAUAAUAGAAAAAUUCUGGCCAACGGAACUGUGGCUUCUGGUGAUGCUGUAGCUGCGGGUGCUCCUCCUGAAUUGAAGACUGAUAUCGGUGGAUUCUCCACCAGUUAUCUAAAGACGAUUCCUGAGUUUGAAGGUGAUGUUAAUCCCAAAACAGGUGAAAGAGGUGGUCCAAAACAAGAUCCUUUGAAGUUUAAUGAUUGGUCUUUCAAUGGUAGAGUCACCGAUUUCUAGUUCUUCACCUGAACACUUACACAGCGUAUAUGUUUGGUUUACGAAGGUUUAAUGCGUAGAAGAUGAGGUUUGAUAGACAAAUAAAUAAUUUCUUUCAAAGAUAAUCACGAUCCUCAAUACUAGGUGUUCUUACAGUAAUGCUUCACAUGUGCUUGCCACCCCUGCAGAAAAUACAUCUCUCUUUUUUUUAUUACACUUCAUCUUACAAAUUGAAAACUCUCAACUACUCAU